UUUAACAACUUUUGAGAUCAUGUAUGACUACGCGACAGAUUCAAACAUCUAAAUUUUAUUCACGAUAUUAAAAAUUUAUUCGGAACAUACGCAGUAAGGAUUUUAAGUCGCACAGGGAAUUGCGAGACCAUGAUUCAAUAUUAUCGAAUGGUGUAGUCUGCUACAGAGAACAAAAUGGGCAUUGAACAUUUGGCCUAAGGUUGAAAAAACACUCGACACCACGAUAAGUCGGGACCUUUGCUUAGCCUCAUCACAGAGAGUUCGUUUCUCCAGAGUUAUGACACUAUCGGGAGUCAUAUAAUCCAAUUCCACCUACGUAUUCAAUGGGAAACUGUUAUGCCUAAAAUUUGUAUAGAGUCUUUCAUUGUGUAAGAAAACAAUGUAUGGUAACGUAGAAUUGGAAACCGUGUCUGAGGUACACUUUCGACGAUUACUCGGCACUACGAUAGAUCCAAACAUUAGUUUGGCUAUGGGAGAGGAAGAUUACUUUUGUAAAUUGAUUUUAUAUAAGGAAAUUGCAGAUUCCAGGCAACAUUUUAUUUUCAGAGUGAGAAUAUGGGACGUUGUAAUACUCAUUCCAAAUUUGAUAUUUCUCAUAUUCAUCGCUGCAAGAUUUAAUAGAGCUAGGCUUAAGUUGCGUGCAACUAGCAGUCCAAUAUACUUAGCAUUUUAUGGUCUUGUUGUAAGUAAUAUCCUAAUCUCAGUAAUACGCUGUGUCGUAUCAAUGACUGUUAACGCAGCAGCAACUGUAGGUGGUUUAGCAGAUAAGAUUCUAUGGGUUACGGUCAGAUUCUUCCUACUAUCUACAGAAAUGAGCGUGGUUAUAUUCGGCUUAGCUUUCGGACACUUAGACAGUCGCUCUAGUAUUCGAAGAGUUUUGCUGGCUACAUCUUUUAUAGCACUAGCAUUCACGAUAACUCAAGGUACACUGGAAUUGGUUUUACCUGAUGACACAUUUGAAAUACCGAGCAGAAAAUUUUAUCUUUUCGGUCAUGGAGGAAUGAUGUUCUGGUUCUGCAGCAGUCUUGUGUUCACAACGAUAUACUUUCUUAUAUUAAUACUGCCACGAACAAGAUUGCGGGAUAGACUUGCUUUGCCUACUAAAAGAAGUUUUUACGUCUACGCGGGUAUUUUGGCUUUUGUUGAUUUACUACAAUCGAUAGGAGCAGGUCUGUUGAACUAUAUGCAGGCUCCUGAAGGGCUUUGUAUAGUUGACAUCACUGCUGCGCUGUACUUGACUCUAUUCACACCAUUGGUCUACCACACAUUCUUGUCAGAAUUGUUUGGCGUCUCCCAGCCAACUCUAAUGUUCUCGUACAAGGCACAAGUUGAUGAUGCUAUGGACGAAGAUACGGUUUCAUUACCUCAUCAACAGAGUUUUUCUUCAUUGAAAACUGACAGCGACUACAUAUAUCAGGUCCAUACUCCAUUUAUUCAUAUGCCGCUAUUCGACUCAACGCUAUCGAAAUCUUCUUCCAUUUCUAAACAUAGAUCAAAUUACUCAUUAGCGGCUGGGCAGGUUCUUGUAAAAAAUUGGUCGGGUAAAUCUAUUUCUCAGGUUGAAUUAAAUGCUGGUUCAACCUCUAAAGGACUCGAUGAACGUCAACGUGCUCUGAAAACUGGGUACAAAAGCAGUCUCACAUUCCCAAAGUUAAAAUACUCACCACUGAGUACGCCCAAUUUGAAUGUCUGUCAUUCAGCAUUGGAUUUAAAGUCGGAUUUGAAAAACCAUCAAGACGUAACCAGUGUUUCAAAUUACACGCUUUCUCCAACAGCCAGUAAUUUAAUUUAUUCACCGGAAUGUCGCGAUAGUAAUGUCAACUUGUUUUCACCAUCGAAUGACAAUGAUCUUAAAAAUUUUCCUACCGAAACUAAAUCUACUGCCAACAUUACAUCGGUUGCGCUAGCGUCCGAAACUGUUGAUUAUUCUCGUCCGAAAUCUGAAAUAUUCAAGAGCAGAGGACUUCCUGCUUACCAAUUCUUUGAACAAGAUGCUGUAGUUAAUUCUAGAUCAUCAGUCAGCAGUGAAAUGUUGGGAUUCGAUAAUGCUGAUUCUGUGUUACAUUCUGGAGAACUACAGAAACGUAGCUCCAACAUGUUUAGAAAUUAUGUGGGUAAUUUGUCAGAAUCGAAUUUGUUGCUACGCAAGGAUAAAAAACCAAUUUCCAUUAACAUUCCAUCAACCAGUAUAAAUACAGCGUUAUUAAACGAUGAAGAAUUUACAAACUUGGAUCAGAUUAAACCGUCUACAAGUGGUUCGAAAAUUGAAUCGUUGAAUACCAGUUCAAAGUCAUUAGGGCAAACGAAAAGCACAACUAGUGUUUUGAGUAUAGGUAAUGAAGGAAAUUUAAAAAAAUUUUCACCACACAAACAGAGCAGUUUCAAAGAUCAAAACUUUUCAAUUCUGCAUUUGAACCCAGUGAAAUUAGAAACUGCAUCAAUUCCUGAUUCACAAACGUUGGUAGAAGAUUCAGAAAUAAGUUCCUUUGCUUCUGCACAAUCCCAGAAUACUGAUUUAUCCUUUUUUUCCGCGAAUAACUCAUUCGACAAUACCACCAGUGAUGUGAAAAUUUCCAACUCGUCAUUACAAAAUUCUAAAUCGACAACAUCUUACAGUUUUAAUAACUCUGAUGAUAAUUCCAAAAACUCAACUAGCUUAAGCGAUUAUCUGAAAUUAUUCAACGCCCCGCCAAAACAUACAGAUUGAUAGUCUCCUUUGUAUAGUGGCUAUUAAAUGUUGCACAAUCUUCAAGUCUUGUAAAUAUAUCAUUAUUCAACGUACACAUUGCUUUGGUUAUGUUCCUAAGGUUUUAAUUAAACUUGUAUAUAACAUAAUUAUUAUACUCAAUGCCUAACUGAAGUAAGCAUGAAUUUUUCUAUGAAAAUCAGGUACUAGUGAUGGUUGAUGGUUGUAUUAUUUUUAAAAAAUAUGCACAGUUUGGUAGAGUAAGAGUAUAUAAUGCGGUAAAGAAUCGUUUUUUACUGACUUUGGAUUUGGGGUGUGAAUUGUAAAUAAUCGAAUGAAUGUUGACUUAUAAGAAGGCAACCUAUUGUACCAUAUUUCACAGCCCAGAUAAAAAUGAUUAGAUGCACAACUCUCUGCUAGUGAUCAAAUAUUUUUUAUUACCAUUGUAUUUAGAUUUAGCAUGCGACGUUCAUUUUAUUAAACGUAUUAUUGUAGCUAUCAUUCUCGUUUUAUUAAUUCACACUAAUUUUAUAUUAAACAAACAUUAACAUUUGAACUUUUAACCCAUUUCUCAAAUCAAACAGGUAAGAAACAGGUUUCGAAAGAUUAGAAAGAAAUUUGGCAUGCUUCGCUUUAGUAAAAAUAACAUUCCUUCAGAAUCAAACGGACCAGUAAUGCUUAAUCUGGCUACUAAUGUCACAAAAAAUGGGACGAGUCUCUUCGUAAUGAAAACAAUCACAAGCUCAUUUUAUAGUUUCGUCUUUGCUUUUUUUUAAAUACCCGUAAACUUAUUUUGCCAGACAUUGUACUAUAUCUGCAUACAGUCAAAUACGUUUGAUCAUUUUCACAAACGAAAAAGAAACUGAUCGUGAUGUUUACGAAACAGCGUCAUUUCCUUUUAAAUCUGAUUCUUGAACUGAGGUAGUAACAAGUGGUAUAAACAUAUCGAUAAACACACUGUAAUAGCGGCCUAAUCCUAGAUAGAUAUUUACAGAUGCUCGAUGUAUUUUUUUCCGCUGACCAUUCGAUUUCGUAUAGUUGUUUUUCUCACGUUAUAAGGAUGCUGAAUAUUGCUCAGGGAUUAGCGUUUGUGAAAUUGACGGGAUAUUUUUCAAAACUGUUGAAUUCGCCUUGAUUGAUUCCAAAGC